AUGCACUUCCCAAACCCAUUUUCGCAAUCACCACAGGACACGUACGAACAAUACUCUCUCAUUGCGGAGCACAAUGGCCAACUUUCACAGUCAACAGAGUCGGUGGACGAAACCAGCGACAACAAAAAUCAUAACUACAUCUCCUUCGUUUUGCUGAGAUCUGCGAAAGACUCGGUUUUAUCUUUUCUCGACAAGCAUCAAAACUCCACUGGUACCCUCACAUGGAAGAAUCGCUUUCUUUCCGCCCUGGAGCUCUCUGCACUCCUCCUUCCUGCUUUCGUCGUCAGCCCGUUCAUAUACUUCACCAGGCCCCCUAGCAACGAACCUCAGCGAAAGAGGCUUAGCCACACAGCAUAUCUCGAUGGCCUCCGCGGUGUCGCAGCCUUUGUCGUUUACAUCUUCCACUUUUCUUACCUCUGGUUUCCAGACCUUGCUUGGGGAUAUGGCUUCGAAGGUCAUCGCAUGUUCUUGCAGAUGCCUAUCAUCCGGGCUCUGCACUCCGGACGAGCUAGCGUCACUGUCUUCUUCGUCAUAUCGGGCUUCGUGCUCACCCUCAAGACCCUGACGAUGAUUCACAACGGCAAGGGGGACCAGGCUCUGACUGUACUGGCUGGAUCGGCGUUCCGCCGCCCUUUGCGACUGUACCUUCCCAUCUUUGCUGCAACAUUCAUCAUCGCUCUGCUGGUCUACGGGGGGAACUUUGUGAGGGAUCCGUCGGGAGCAUCUAUCCCGCCGAGAGGAGAGACCCUUAAUGAUCAGCUGCAACACUGGUUCUGGAGCACGGUCAAUCUAAUGAACCCGUUUCGACCUAUUAUCAACAGAGAGAACAUGAAGGGAAGCGAGUAUGACGGGCAUUUAUGGACAAUCCCUGUCGAGUUUAAAGGUUCGCUGCUCGUAUUCUUCCUUCUCCUUAUUUUUGCUCGGACAAAGCGGUGGAUUCACAUGGUCAGCGUUUUGGGCAUAGCCUUCUGGCUGGUUCACACCGGCGACUGGGACCAGGCUCUUUUUUGUGCAGGCCUGUUACUUGCCGAGAUGUCCAUCAUCCUUCCCAACGGCAGCCAGUCGUCAGAAACACCCGAAGAUGAGACCCUCGGCUACAGCAAAACGAUCAUUACGAAUUUUGGUCUCAGGAUUGGCCACGUCUUUCGCCACGGGGGUACUUUGGUCCUCUUCUUCCUCGGCAUGCACCUUUUCUCUUACCCCCAGAAUGACGGCUCAUCGACUCCGGGUUUCAUUACAAUUUCCCAGUGGGUGCCUGCCUACUAUCAAGCUUCGGGAGAACGCAUUCAGCUCUUCUGGAUCUCCAUUGGCGCCAUUGUGUUCAUCUUUGCCUUGAUGUACUCCCCGACCGUAUCUUUCAGUCUCCAUUUUCCGCUCCCGAGGCUCUGCAACUUCCGCCUCCCUUGGUACCAAACCACUGCUAGCCUCAAUGACGGAGACAAGGAAGAAUUCGCAGCAGCAACUUUUUGGGAUCGCGAGGCAGCUAGACGCGAGCCUCUUCUCCAGCGGCCCUUCACCACGAGCUUCGCCCAAUACCUAGGGCGCAUCUCGUACUCUCUGUAUCUAUGGCAUGGUGCCAUAAACCACAUGAUCGGAGUGAGAUGGCUGUCUCCGGCGUAUACUACGCUACAGCUGGCUCGAGGUCAGGCUAAGGAACUUAUGGAGAGCGGCAACGACGCCGCUGCAAUAGACCUAACGCAAUCAGCUUUGGGUGCGUACAGGCUUGCGUUCUUCUACGGAUUUCUGGUCAAUACACUUGCCCUCUUAUGGGCAAGCGAUGUCUUCAAUGCGUUGGUGGAUGUCAAUGCUGUCAAGUUGACUCGUUGGCUCGAACAAAAGUGUUGGAGGAGGGAUUGA